GUUUGUGGCGUCGUGGUGGAAGGUAUUCGACUGUUUCAUCUCCGAGUCUUAGCCUCCUGAGUAAACGUCACCUUUUCUCCAUUUGUUAGAGAUGCGUGUGUCUGUGUCUGUGUUGGUGCUCGUGUUGACUGCCGUGGUCGGGACGGUGGCAGGUGGGAGACAGAAGCGUUACAUCUUCGUCAACCCGGAAGCUCCCAUCAGCUUAGGCUUUCUCCUCAACAUGCCCAUCUCCCUCGCCCUCCCGACACUGGCACCUGUGAACGGACGCUCCUUCCAGCUCCACAACUUGGUGGGAGAAGACGAACUGGCCGAAGACCUUAUCUGGGACCCCGCCUACGAGCAACCCUUGAGCAAACUCCUGGCUUACUUCACUCACCUUGAGCUGCCAAACUUGUCGUGCCAGGAGCGUCUCAUCUGUGAGUUGGUCUCCGAGCCCGACAGCUUCGCGCCCAUUGGCCAGAUUUUCAUGAAGGAGCUGAGAUCGACUCAUGGACCAGUGGAGAUGACCUCAGACUCUCUGAUGUGGCGCUACAUGACGGCCGCUCGCCAGGGUUUUACUUCUCCUAUUGAGGGCUGUGCCGUUGCUUACCCUAAAUGUCCUCUGGCGGCAGAUCGUAUCCUGAACAUGCCCGUCCUGAAAGUAUGGCAGUAUAUUUCUUCAAAGUUGAACUUGCAACUCAUAUAAACACCCAAUUUAGUGAUAUGUUAGUGUUAAAAACAAAUGGGGCAGUAAACAGGGAGUUACAUUAAACUUUGGAGAACCAAGAUGAGUGAAAUUCAUAAAAUUAGAAUAUGAUACUGUACUUUCUUUUAGGGUGUUCAACGUACGUUCCUCGUUGUUGGGGUAUGUUUGGAAUAAUGAUCAGUCAACUCACCUUUCAUAACUUCUGGUGAUACGUAAGCUAGUGAUAUGUCAUUACUGGGCAUCAAAUUUAUAGGUGAGACAGUGUGAACUGUGGUAUCCAUUUGUAAAUGUGUUUAAAUCUAAGAUAUUUAGCGUUUGGUUAUUACCACAUUGUUUAUACACCAAUAGUAACCAGAUCAGAGAAUUACAACACUAAUGAAUAUUUUGGCCAAAAAUGUUUUAAGCGUUGUAUACAAUAAAAUACUUACAUGGCAGCAUAUAUUUACAAUAGUCUACAUACCGUAUAUGAAGCAUCAAUGGGCGUCCUCUCGAGGAUGCAGCAUAAUUUCAACUAUUUGCUCAAUAAACCUACUAAAAGAUGAGAAAGCUCAAUAACUGGUGGAACUAAAAUGAGAAUUUAUACCGGUUUAAACAUAUCAAGUCUAGCUGUUAUUAUAUCAGAUAAUUACGUUAUUCAAUUGAGUUCCCAUUAACAUUUAGUAGCUUUGGGUUAUUUGCUCACAUGCUUACAAGACUGGAGGAGGUCCCCAAUACCAUGUGUGAAGCUUCAAAUGUUUUUUUUUUUUAACCUUUCUAUGCAUCUUUUCAGUUAUAGUUGUUCACCCAGGUGUGGUCGUUCGUCUUCCAAGCAUUUUGUAGUAAUUAGGGGUUUUGACAGAUCACUUGUUAGACUUCACAUAUUUAUUGUUGCUCAUUUAGUAAUGUUACAAUUAUUUAUUGUAACUCAUUUUGUGGGGCGUUGCGUGAGACAGUAUCGAACCCGCCUGGGUUUCAAGAAUCCGUUUUCUAUGGUCUCAUGCUCUACAAAAUGGUGUAGACGAAAACGUCAUUGAUCGUCAUUAUCCUACUGAAAUUCCAAUGUGUCUAGGUUUCAAGGGGACAGAAAAUGCCAAUAUUGGACGUAAGACAGUGAGCAGCAGGCCAAAGCAAAGUUGAGUGUUCAUACUUUGGUCAGACUGACCUAAGGACUAAAAACCCUUCAAGGGGACUGACCCUCCCUCACACCAGCAGCCAAUCAGCGUCCAGCGAGCCUCUGCCACGUGGUUUAAUGUUUACAAUGUAGCCUGCCACGUGGUUUAAUGUUUAUAAUGUAGCUUCUGUCAUGUGGUUUAAUGUUUAUGUCUCGCGUGCUUAUAAAUCUGAUGUAUUUUGUGCUUAACAUUCGUGAAUAGUGAGUGUCUCAGAUACUGUAGUGAUAAUAUAAUCAGCCAAUGGUGUCUGGAUAUUUACCGAACCGAAGCGUAAGAGGAGUGCGGAGACGUGACAACAAAGAGGAAAAGGAACAGAGGUGAGGCGUAUAAACAUGAGUUGUUAGUACUGAAGUAAUUAUUUAACAUAAUUGUUAUAUUCAUGUUAAUACACCUUUUACUUUGUACCAUUUAUGUGUUUAUUGCUGCAUUUGUGACCAUAUCUUCUCCUUUACAUAAAAAAAAUCACAAUCAUAAGCUGUUAAAAUUCCUACAAAAUGAGAUAUUAUUCACUAAAUCAAACAAUAUUUGGUGAUGUUAUGGAUUUUUCCAUGUUCAAAAAUCUUUGAUGCCUUGAUUUCUCCUUUAAAAAAAUGUAGCUCGUUAUUGUCUGACGCAGCGUCUCAUAAUUAUAACAUUGUGUUUAUCAGGGAAAAUUGACUGUAUGUAUAGUACAUGCUUUACAAUCUGUGUUAUAUCCUGCCAAGUAACUUAAGAUGUAUUGUUGUUUGAGUUUCUUUUUAAUUUUAUAUUUGAAGGUUAACAGGUCAUGUCAGCCACAUAUAUAAUACAGACAGGCAUCCUUAACUCUGUACAGUUUCUCGCUCCAAAAGGUAUCUUUAUGGAGGGGUUCGGUGGGUUUCAAAAUGAACACCGAGAGUCCGAGAAUCCCGUGGUGUCGGUGGGGUUGUCAUAAACCUUCAUACGUUGUCACAUUCUGUCUGAUUCACAAAAUUGUAAAGAUAUUUUUGGGGAGUGAUUGUACUUUGGUUUCCAUUUUUUUUUGUCGUAUCUGGAAAAGGUUUUAAAUACCUCUCCAUGAGUUGUUAUCCUCAAAAUUAGAACUUGAAUACCUCACGUCUCUAUACGUUAAAGAGAUAAUGAUCAAUGUUCUUGGUCUAUGGCUGUGAAGUCAUAAUUAUAGCUCAAUGUAGCCUACACUUUUCAACUACAGUAUAAACCUGUAAUAAAUGUGUUAAUGUCCAUUUUCAUGGAGGUGAAAUGCUAAGUUAUUCAUUUCCAAGCUGUUCAGGUAGAAACGAUUGGAUUGUUACCCUUUAAAAAUUUUAUUUUCCUGAAAGUCCUUGGUAAUACUUUUUGACAACUGGUACCAUAGGAGUUUGUUACACCAUUAAUCUAUAAUGGUAUCCACUGUAAAUAAGCACAAAAAUGGUUUAAAAAAAAUUCCCUUCGUGAACACUCAGUUAAGCAACUCCAGUAUUCCCAAUGUAGUGGGAUAAUUCUUGUAAGGUGCGGUAGAAAUCCACAUAUCCUAAGUGAACUGUUCCUUAGAAUUACAGAAUUAGUAUGUUAUAGAUAUCUACGAGUCCCCUCUGUGUUACUGUAUGUACCUUGUGUGCCCUUUGCAUAUUCAGUAAGCUCUUAUUGUACUUCAAAGGCAAUAUAUGUUCUUGCAAAUGUGAAUUCUCUCUACAGGGUGCCCAUUUUGUAUAGGAUCCUGUUAAAAGCUGAGAUGUGUGUAACCCAUUUCUUUACCUUAAAAUGUUCCAAACCAAAGAACACUCCUGUCCUUAAGCUUUUAACCCGAAACCUAUCUUAACAAUCUCAAAUUUGAAUACCAGUACUGAUGUGAUAGUGUAUACUGUCCAGUAUACAGUUUGCAUUCAUCAACUCUGAACAAGCUGCUUGUUACCUAGCAUUGUUGGUACAGUAUAGUAAAAGAGUCUAUAAAUACAUUAUACUAGAAGCUGCUGCUUCCUCACUGGUAAAGCACCACUGCCAACACUAUCCUUUCCUGACUCAUACAUUUAAGAUAUUUCUACAGUCAACAUAACUUUGCUUAGGCAUUCUUCUCAACACAAAUUUUAGGUAAGCUAUAUAAGUUUUACAGUAAACAUGAUUUUGCUUGAGUAGACUAGUGCAAAACUGUAGCUGAAAAUUAUCAGUGAUUAGUGUAACCAUAGAAGUUUGUGGGUCACAAGUGUGUACAUGUGUGCUUUGAGAUGUGUAGAUACGAGACAGGAUGAUCAUAAGU